AUUUCUUUCUCGAUUUCCUUUUUGGAAGAAAAAUGAGAGCUUCCAUGAACCAUGAAACGUGGAUAAUCUUGACUGUGUGGAAGCCGGAUCCAUUCUGCCCCCCAUCUUUCCGGAACCACAUCGGGAUGAUGGGUCUCUGACAACCUUAACCCUCCCGAGUCGCAUACUCCGUCACAGGGCCCGUCGUCUGAUAGGGGCCACUAACUACAGCCUCGGUUUUCACCUACCGUCAUUGAUGUCAAAUAGAACCGGGUCCCGUCGAUGCAUGCUUUCGUAUUUGAAAGCACAUAACCCCAUAUCCCAGAAAUCGAUCAAUUCAAUCAUUUCUACUACUUUUUGAAUCCUCGUCGCAACGAUCAUCAUGGCAGAGACGCAAGCCCAGCAACCGCAGGAACCGCAAAAGCCACAACAGCCCUUGUCGCAAACAUGGGAGCAGCCUUCGCAUUCAGCAAUCACAGUCCGUCGGUCAGAGAUUCUCGCCUCCGGCUCCGACGUUGCUGCGCCUACUUUCUGUUUAACUGCAAUCGCCGCGCAUGACAUCCCCGCGAACUCCCUAUUCGCAGUGAACACAUCCACCACACUGGCUUCCUCAAAGGACUACUCGACCGUCCAGAUCUCCACGAAGGAACAUAUCAGACUAAACUCGGACCUCCUAUACUGCAAUCAUUCAUGUGAUCCUAACGUUCGAUUCGUCACCUCGACGCUUACUACCAACUCCAAAACAGAACUGGAGACCCCUGUUGCCGGCGUUCUCGAAGUGUGGAGUCUCAGAGACAUCCCCGCUGGCGAGGAAUUGAGGUUUUUCUAUCCGAGUACGGAGUGGGAGAUGUCCCAGCCUUUCCGAUGUUCAUGUGGUGCCGAGGACUGUCUGGGCUGGGUCGAUGGGGCGAAAAACACACCGGCGAAAGUGCUGGAGAGAUACUGGCUGAGUGGACAUAUCGCGGCAUUGGUUGCUGAGAGAGAGAGAUUGAACUGAGGCUGGCGAUGCACACGUUUCUCGCAUACUCUGCUUUUGAGUGGCUGGCGGCGCGGGGUUAUAUUUAUUCUUGGGGAGCCAUCGGGUCGGAAAUAGAUUUUGAAUAGAAUAUUCCACGCUAAAAGAAUAUU